GCGAGUAUGUUCGCAAACGAGUGAGCAUUUUCUGAGAGCAACCAUUCUGUAGUCAACUUCAUUGAGUACCUCGUGUAUCUAAAUUUACGUUGUUUUGAUUCAAAUAAAAUAAUUUAUUAUAUAGUGUUUGCAAAUUUCCGACGGUAUUUAUUCUAUGUAAAAUCAUUGCAUAGAAUAUGGCGUGAUAUUUAAGAAAAAUUUAACAAAGCCUAUUUGGGUUAACGGUAGGCGGUUGCUUGUCAUAUAUUUUAAUGCGCGAAUAAUAAAAAUAAAUACGCAUAAAAAGGUGUGUAUAAUUUUUAAGUUCUUUGCUUUAAUGCAAAGUUUAACAUGUCAAAUGUGUGCACAGUAAAAAAAAAAACAGAAAAGUCUCAUAUGCGAAAAAUAUAAUUGCAAAAAUUACCACGCAUAGUACAUGCAAAACGCCAUUAGUGCCGCUUUUCUAGAGUUGCCAACCAAACGAAUUUAUAUUCAUAUGAAUUGGAACUAAAGGUCCAAUGGAGCAUAACUAAAUCAAUUUUAUUAUAAACUCGCACCAUAAUACUUGAAAAAUAUCAAUGAAAAAAGUGAGCAAAUAAAGAUUUCUCAGUAAGGAAGCGCAAGCACCCCAUAGUGCAAGAAAGUGUGCAAGACAAGACGGCAAAAGGAAAGAAGAAAGGAAAUCGCAGGGUGCUUCAGGGCUAGAAAGCAUAAAGCAGUCAAUAAGUCCAUUUUGUUGGACGAUUAGUUUAGUAACGUUCCAACACCUAUAAUUACAUUUACUUUAACAAUAAAAACGUUAUACGGAAUUGGUUGGUUUAAACGUGGAAUAAACAAGUGAAGGAGUCUCCGAUUCUCCCCAUAGUUAAUCAACCGCGGUAGUGGUGUAAGGUGUGUGCAUCAGGCUUAAAAGUUCCAUCUUUUGCUAACACUACAGAAGACAGUAAAAUAAUAUAAAGGACUAGAACACGAUUCAAAUAAAAAAGGUUAUCAAGAUUUUAUAAGCCUUAAUCAGUUUUCGACCACAAAGCCGCGAAAGUAGAGAUACACUACCAGCAGUUGUGUGGAGUAGUGCGCAAGAUGUAUCCUGCACCGGUGCGUCAUCCCUCGGCGGGGGGACCACCACCUCAGGGUCCACUAAAAUUUACAAUCGUUGACACAUUAGAACGAAUCAAGGAGGAGUUCAACUUUCUGCAGGCACAAUAUCAUACAUUAAAGCUGGAGUGCGAAAAACUUGCCAAUGAAAAAACAGAAAUGCAGCGCCAUUAUGUUAUGUACUACGAAAUGUCAUAUGGCCUUAAUGUUGAAAUGCACAAACAGACGGAAAUCGCCAAACGUUUAAAUACUUUGAUAAAUCAGCUGCUACCAUUUCUACAAGCCGAUCAUCAGCAGCAGGUCUUAAAUGCAGUGGAGCGUGCGAAACAAGUUACAAUGCAAGAGUUAAAUCUGAUCAUCGGGCAUCAGCAUCAGGGAAUUCAACAACUUCUACAGCAAAUACACGCACAGCAAGUGCCCGGCGGACCACCACAGCCAAUGGCCGGUUUGGCACCACUAGCUGGCCCAUUUGGUGCUUUGGGUCUGCCACAUGCACCACAGGGCCUGCUUAAGGCACCAACAGAUCAUCAUCGACCCGAUAUCAAACCGACCGGUCUGGAUGGGCCAGCUGGCGCAGAAGAGCGUCUCCGGAAUUCAGUGUCCCCAGCUGACCGUGAGAAAUAUCGCACACGUUCACCAUUGGAUAUUGAAAAUGAUUCUAAGCGUCGAAAAGAGGAGAAACUACAAGACGAUGAAGGAGAGAAAAGCGAUCAAGAUUUAGUCGUAGAUGUUGCAAAUGAAAUGGAACCCCACUCGCCACGUCCGAACGGCGAACACAUGUCGAUGGAAGCGCGCGAUCGUGAGAGUCUGAACGGUGAACGGCUCGAUAAACCGGGCAGUAGCGGUGUCAAACCGCCUAAUGAACGACCACCAUCACGUUCCGGUUCCAGUUCGUCGCGCUCAACUCCCAGCCUAAAAACUAAAGAUAUGGACAAGCCGGGGACACCUGGCGCCAAGGCACGCACUCCCACCCCAAAUGCUGCCGCACCAGCUCCGGGCGUAAAUCCCAAACAGCUGAUGGCACAAGGCGGUCCGCCGCCAGCCGGUUAUCCAGCCUCAGCGUAUCAGCGACCUGCUGACCCCUAUCAGAGGCCACCAUCCGAUCCGGCAUAUGGACGACCGCCACCACUACCUUACGAUCCGCAUGCGCACGUACGAACAAAUGGCAUUCCACAUCCUCAAGCGUUAACCGGUGGAAAGCCCGCAUAUUCGUUCCACAUGAACGGCGAAGGUAGUUUACAACCGGUGCCGUUCCCAUCAGACGCACUAGUUGGUGUUGGCAUACCACGACACGCCCGACAAAUUAACACACUAUCACAUGGCGAAGUAGUGUGCGCUGUUACCAUUUCGAAUCCCACGAAGUAUGUGUACACAGGCGGCAAAGGUUGCGUUAAAGUUUGGGACAUCUCACAGCCGAAUAAUAAGAAUCCAGUCAGUCAAUUGGACUGCCUGCAACGUGACAACUAUAUACGCUCCGUGAAAUUACUGCCCGACGGGCGUACGUUGAUUGUGGGCGGUGAGGCGUCCAAUCUAUCCAUAUGGGAUUUGGCCAGUCCGACGCCACGCAUUAAAGCCGAAUUGACAUCCGCAGCGCCGGCCUGUUACGCGCUCGCCAUUAGUCCGGAUUCGAAGGUGUGCUUCUCGUGCUGUAGUGAUGGCAACAUUGCGGUAUGGGAUUUGCACAAUGAGAUAUUGGUGCGUCAAUUCCAGGGACACACUGACGGCGCCUCAUGCAUCGACAUCAGUCCGGAUGGUUCGCGUCUGUGGACCGGUGGACUCGACAAUACGGUGCGUUCGUGGGAUUUGCGUGAAGGCCGCCAAUUGCAGCAGCAUGAUUUCAGUUCUCAAAUCUUCUCUCUGGGCUAUUGUCCGACAGGUGAAUGGCUCGCUGUGGGUAUGGAGAAUUCACAUGUUGAGGUAUUGCACGCAUCCAAACCAGACAAAUAUCAACUGCAUCUACACGAAAGCUGUGUGCUCUCGUUACGUUUCGCCACCUGUGGCAAAUGGUUCGUCUCCACUGGCAAGGAUAAUCUAUUGAAUGCCUGGCGAACACCAUACGGUGCAAGCAUAUUCCAGUCGAAAGAAACUUCAUCCGUACUUAGCUGCGACAUAUCAACCGAUGACAAAUACAUUGUGACGGGCUCCGGCGACAAAAAAGCAACGGUUUACGAAGUGAUUUACUAAUAAGUUCUAAUUUGUUUAAUUUUGCUAUAAACCUAUAAGAAGAAGAAUGCUAAGUUUUCUUUUGUGCAAAACAUUUAUAUAUUACCACACAGCAGCGUUCAUACAAAAAACACACACACAUAUACAAAUGGCAAACAACCGGACGAAGAGAAUGUUUUGCGAAAAAAUAUGUAAAUUGUAUGAGCGCGCAAACGCGAAUGUCGUGCCGCCAGGGCAAUGAAAACUGAUUAGUUCGCUUUGUAGUAGUGGCUUUUGAUAGGACUCACGAAAAGUUAAGCAAAACAAAAAAAACGACACAAUGUAAUGAAAGAGUAAAUCGGUAAAGAAACGCGGGUACAGAAAGUUUGGGUUAGGAAGGGUUGAUAAAUAUUCUUAUAAACAGACGUACAUGGCAAACAUGUUUAAUGAAAAUGAAAGUAAGAAAGGAGAAAUGAAACGAUAAAUAAGAAUUAAAAUUGGAAAUAUAUAAUUAUAAAUAAUAACAUAAACAAAUUGUAGAUUCUAAGUAAUUUUAAGUAAAGUUAAAGAGACAAGAAGCAGAAAACAUUAAAUAAUAAUUAAAAAAAGAAAAACAAAACACACUAAGCAAAACGCGCAGCAGGAGCAAAUGCAAAAACUUAUUAAAAUAUUAUAAAACAGAAAAACACAAAAAAAACAACAACAAACUUAACUUAAGCAAACGAAAAAAACAACAAUAAA